UGAUAAGUUAAUUACGGUAUCUGCUGCAGUAAGGCAGUUACAGGUAUAGAAUAUCAAACACUAGGCAAAAAUAGACCGCUUCUUGCCGCAACUAGGCGGUUCGUAUCGCCGUUGUGCUUCCCCGCCGUCCGAGCGGAUUCUGCUGAAAGAGCAUGAGGGAUCCUUUCUGCCGGCCCACCGCUGCUGGAUACCGAGUUGCAGUGGAGAAUGGAUUCCGCUCCUCUCCACUCCAUACUGUAAUCGCACUUUCCGCUCCUCUACUAAUGACAUCAGAGCUGUCAAUAGGGCAUUCUUCCUCACCAAAAGUGUUGACUUCCAUUGAGCUUCGGUCAGAAGCCGUUUGGAAGCAGCGUACCUGUCACUGUCUGUCGUAGUGACCCUCUGGUACUUAUUUUUCUUAUACCACUCCUCCUUACCAGGCAUCGCUUCUGCAUCGUCCCUUGUUUCCCUCUCCGCCCCUGGUUUUGGUGAAGGUGUCUGUUCCACCAAGCUGCACAUCAUGGCCUCCAUCUUCUAUGGGCGGCCCUUCGCAAUUCGGAUAGCUCGUGUGGCCUCAUUGACGGCAUCGGCCACACUUGUCUCCCCAUUCUUUUUCCAACGGCCAUUACGGGCGGAUUCGCACGCUUCUCCUUUCAAUACCCUCCUAGGCAGUCUUCCUCCCAAGGUAGAGCAACGCAGUGAUGAUGGGAUACUCAACCGAAAGGUGGUGGGCCAGAUUGCGAGUGGUAGCAUGCUUGGCGUCAUAGGUGGUCUUGUUAUCAGCAUCCUUUCCAAACCAUUGGCACUACUCUUGGGCCUGUUAUUUCUGGGAGAACAGGCAUUGGAACAUCAUGGCAUCAGACUCAUUCCCUAUGGCCGGAUUCAAGGAUUCCUCCAGCGGGUCGGUGUAAAAUCAGUGUUUCACGAAAAUCCGGCCUUUAAACUCUCCUUUAGUACGACUUUCUUACUAGCUUCCUUCGCAGAGUUCCGGGAACCCCAGUUAUGAUUAACUCUCUGCCGUUGCGAACGUCAAACGGCUCGGUCUGUCAGAAACCUGUAA